AUGUCGCAAAUAACAGACGCCAGCCUCAAGGCGGCCAUUACAACCCGCCUAGAGGCAACCCACGUCGAAGUCACAGAUAUGUCUGAAGGCGGCUGCGGACAAGCAUUCACAACUCUCAUCGUCUCCUCCAAGUUCUCCGGCCUCAACUCCCUCAAGCGCCACCGUCUCGUCAACGCCGCUCUCAAGGAAGAAAUCGCCGCCAUCCACGCCUGGACAGCAAAGUGCCAGACCCCUGAGGAGUGGGAGCGUGAUGCCGGCAAGGUCGCCCCGUCUCUAGAGGGAACGGUCGACGGCAAGGUCGAUGGCACUUCGGCGUGA